GUGGACACAAUGCACAUACUGGACCACUUCCCAUACAAUGCAGAUGAAAAUGUUCAAAUUCUGAUAUUGCCAUAUCGUGGUGAGCAUCUCUCCAUGUGUUUAUUACUACCAAAAGAAAAAUAUGGGCUGGAAGAAUUCGAGAAUUCGCUUAAUGGUACUCGACUUCUGGAAAUGGUUGCUGAAGCGGAGUCAAGAGAUGUUCGAAAUUUGGGCAUCACAGAUGCUUUCGAAGGUAGCGCCAAUUUUAGUGGCAUGAGUGAUGCACCCCUAUUCGUUGACAGUGCCGUACAUCAAGCAUUUGUCGAGGUAACUUGUUUGCUUUUGAGUUUUAUCUGCAAAUUGAUUACCUUUGACAGGAUCAGUAGCAGGUUUCAGAAAUUUUUCAAUAAUUUUUGUUCGUUUUGACC